CGCAAAAAGGCAGUGUUGGGUAUAACGGAGGGCAGUGGACUGAGAGAAAAGGGGAGAAGCUGCGCGCUAACGGCUCACCCAGAUGGCGAAGGAAGCUACGCGGUCGAGAAAGAGGUCUCUCUCAUUACCGUCUGCUUCUGCUUCUAAUGAAAGCUCUCCCAGAACUUCUUCUGACGGCAGGAUAGUGUUGCGGGUAAAGUUAAAUGAGGGGAUGAAGAGAUCUUCCCAGCUGACUAAAUCGGGGAAGAAACCCAAAGCAAAGCAGAAGAAGGUUAACAAAAAAAUUGAUGCUAAGAAACCAAAGAAACCCCCAACUGCUUUCUUCUACUUCUUGGAGGAUUUUCGUAAAGAAUUUCAAGAGCAGAAUCCAGAUGUCAAGUCAAUGCGUGAUAUCGGCAAGGCUUGUGGAGAGAAGUGGAAAACAAUGACUUAUGAGGAGAAGGUUCAAUACUACGAUAUAGCCACAGAAAAACGCGCAGAAUUUGAUAGAGCAAUGAUAGAAUAUAAGAAGAAAAUGGAAAGUGGAGAGUACGAAGAAACCGAUGAAGAAUCAGACUUUGAUGAUGUGUAGCCGUCGCCUAUGAAAUAGAGAUGAUUCUGUAUAAUUGGAGUUGCUUGGGCUAGAAUUUGUACAUCUAAUUGUAUUCUGUCAUUGUGAAUAAUUUAUUAGUUACUGUACCAUAUAUAUAUUUAAUAUAAAGUACUGAUGAUUACAAUUGCAGAUAUUAUUUAAGUUAGCUAGUUUUCCUUCAGCCAACAA